CGCCGUGCUGAUUUGCAGAUGCAGCAGAAACAAGGCAAAGAGAACCCAGAGGAGCUCCAGUACAAACAGCACUGUGCCUGGCUGUGGGCCCGAGAUCAGCUGACAGACGUCAUCAAAGCUGCCACAAAGGACAGUCCUGUUGUUCAGGGGAACUCCAUCCUGGCUCUGAGCGGCCUGGCUGCUGUCCUGGCCAAAUAUGAGAGCAACCUGCCUGCUGACAGCGACGGCAGCCUCACGGCGGGUCCAGAGUUUGUGCCCACAGCCAGCUGGUUGGCCAUGGUCCUCAACACCCUGCUCAGCAUCAGCAGCAGCAGCUACAAGGCCAGAGGACAAGUCUUCCCAUGGUUCCUACAUCGUUCCUACUCUGGUGAGAACACAGCCAGUGCCAUAGCUCGCUCCUGUGCCAGCGUGGCCCUGUCCCUGCUGGUCCCGGUGCUGGUGGUGUGGCAGAGGGACGGUGUGGUUCAGGUCCUGUCAGUGCUGCAGGCCAGCCUGCCGGGCUCCCCCACCGCUGACGACUCCCAGGCUGUCCAGUUCCACUCAGGCCUAGCGCUGGGUAUGGUGCUGUCCAGCCUGCACCACCAACGCCUCAG